CGCAUGCUUCUUUUUAUAAAAAGCCACCUGUAUAUUUUUUUCCAGAUACUUUUUUUUUUUUUUUUUAUCAGUUCUCGAAUUUUCUUUUUCUUCUAUAUACACACAAUGGCCAAAGGAAAGAAAUCAACCAAGCCCGUCGCUUCUUCUAACUGGAAGAAGCUUUUACCUACAAUUGCUCCUGCCGAUUCAAAGAAAAAGAGAAAGGCUGCUGACGAUUUCGAAAUCAGUCCUAAUUUCAAGUGUUGGGAUAAGAGACAAAGAAUUGAGAAAAUGAAGGCUUCUCACAUUGCUAAAAAGACAGUAACCACCACCACCACCACUACCACUACCAAAGAAACGAUACCCGACAAAGAUGAAUUAUGGUUUGGAGAGGAUGUCGAUGAAGAUGACUUGAAGAACGUGUAUGCACACAAGGAAACACCCCAAGAACAAAAGUUGAAAAAGAAGAGUUUGGUAGCCAAAAUGAAUGCAGUUACAGGCGAUCAAGCAAGAUUAGGUAAAUACGUUGCCAUCGAUUGUGAAAUGGUGGGUGUUGGACCUGAAGGAACCGACUCAGCAUUGGCUCGUGUGUCACUUGUGAACUUCCACGGUGCAGUGUUAUUAGAUAUCUAUGUCAAACCACAAGAAAAAGUAACAGACUAUCGUACACAUGUCAGUGGUAUCGAGGCAAAACAUUUAGAGUCAGAGGAAGCUUUAUCAUUUAAAGACGCACAGUUCAAGGCAGAGGCAAUCAUUCGUGGACGUAUCUUGGUCGGUCAUGCUGUUUAUAACGAUUUACAAGCGCUCAUGAUCUCUCAUCCAGCAUUGUUAAUUCGCGAUACUUCUCGUUAUAAGCCUUUCCGUAAAUUAGCAAAGGGCAGAACUCCUGGUUUGAAAAUGUUGGUUAAUGAAGUGUUGGGCAUUUCCAUUCAAUCAGGAUCUCAUUCAUCUGUGGAGGAUGCUAGAUUCACAAUGCAACUUUAUAAGAGCGUCAAGCUGGAAUGGGAAAAAUCCUUUGGUGCCAAGUCUGGCUUAAUUUUAAAGAAAUUCUCAGCAAAGGAAGAGCAAAACAGCAGUAAAAAGAAGGUGUCGAUAAAGGAGGUCGCUGAAGAUUCCGAGUCAAAUAGUCAGUCUGAUUCCAACAGUGAUUCUGACAGUGAAGACGAUGCUUCUGACGAUGAAGAGUAAAACUAAAAUAAAAUGAACCGACGCAUAAAAAUAAUUAGAAAAAAGCGUCACUGACCUUUAAAAA